UCCAUUGGACGGUUAAACAGUGACUCGCGCCGACAGUCGGUAGCAGGUUAUGUGUGGGUGACAGCAGUUAGCAUCACACUUCACCCAUGAAACAACGACCAUAAGCUAAGUUUUCAGGAAACCGUUGAUGAGUUUGUGUCCGUUUAAGCAUAAGAAACCGCUUGAUAAACGGAUAAAACGUAUUUUCUGACCACGGUGAGGAUGUCUGUCCCGGCAGGAGAGGGAUGAAGAUGACACCACUGUUAUGGCGAGUUAUGUCAGUGUGGCUAUGUGUGGCUGUCGUCUGUAGGUACCCUAGUUUCUAUGUGGGUUGCACGGAGUUGCAGCAAGAGCCCCAGAGGCCCGAUUCCUCACAGGACAUCGGUGCGGAGGAAGACUCAGGGGAAAAGAUCCACUGUCAAAAGGUUGAGGACAGUUUACCUGCUCAGUCCUUGUCUGAAAGUGUGCAGUUGAUAAAGGAUGAGCAACAAAAAGAGGAGCAGGCAACCCAAGAAGUGGACAAAAAACAUAAGGCUUCAGAAGUGGAGCAGGCUACUGUAAAGGAAGAGUUGGAGGAAGACAAAGAGGUUUUAAAACCUGAGCCAGAACCUCAGCAAAACUCAGAAAAUCAACUUUCUGAAGCCUCUAUAUCUCAAGAACAGGAUCUAGCCUCCCUGCUGCCUGCAUCUGACCCUGUCACUGAUAGCACUACUGAGCUUAAAGAUGAGCCCAACACCCCUAAACUUCAAGACAUUAUCCAAAGCAGUGUUUCAGAACUUGCAUUUGACAAAGCUGCACCAGAGGUUGUUGAUUCAAACCUGCUUCCCGCUGACUGUGAGGGAGAACAAGAAUCCAACCCAUAUGACAAUGAGAGUCCUCCAGUCGUUCUGGAGAACACCUCUAACGUCCACACUGCAGGUACUCAACCCCACCCAGCCCCUCCUCUGAGUCCUCCGGCCCCUCAGAGCUCAGAGCAUCUGGACACCAACACCUCAGACCAUCUGACAAAGCAGGAUCCGAGCUCCCCUGCUGCCUCAGACACAGAUACCAGUGUGAGCAGCAAAGACCCCGAGGACAUCCCCACUUUUGAUGAGUGGAAGAGGAAGGUGAUGGAGGUGGAGAAAGAAAAGACUCAGUCUACUCACACAUCCAACAAUGGGGCUUCUACGACAGUGAAGAAGGUACAGAAAAACUUCAACAACUAUGCCUCAGUGGAGUGUGGAGCAAAGAUCCUUGGCUCUAAUCCAGAGGCAAAGAGCACCUCGGCUAUAUUGAUGGAGAACAUGGACCUGUAUAUGCUUAACCCCUGCAGCAAUAAAAUCUGGUUCAUCAUUGAGCUCUGUGAGCCCAUCCAGGUGAAGCAGCUCGACAUUGCUAACUUUGAGCUCUUCUCUUCGACUCCCAAAGACUUUCUGGUCUCCAUCAGUGACAGAUAUCCGACAAACAAAUGGCUGAAGCUGGGAACCUUUCAUGCACGGGAUGAACGCACAGUUCAGAGCUUCCCUUUAGAUGAGCAUCUUUAUGCAAAAUAUGUGAAGAUGUUCACCAAGUACAUAAAGGUAGAGCUGGUGUCCCACUUUGGCUCUGAGCAUUUCUGCCCCCUCAGUCUCAUAAGGGUGUUUGGCACGAGCAUGGUGGAGGAGUACGAGGAGAUAGCUGAUCCCUCAGAAAGGCCGGAUGAUCUGGAUGAUGACUUGGAUUAUCCUCCUGGCUACACAUCUGGUGAAGCCAAGCUGUCCAAUAAUCUGAUCGGAUCAGCAAAGGAUGUCAUUUUGAACAUGGUGAACAACAUCGCUGUCAAUGUCCUAGGUGGAAGCCAAGAGAUGCAAGGCAACCUUUCAUCACAAGAAGUGAACAUGACUGAGCCAACACUUGAAACCACCACACAAACUCCAACUACAGACCUCACUACAGUUCCAGAGUCUGAGGAGGGAGAGGUAUUGCCAGACCUUGACAUCUCAGCAACACCCUCUUUGGUGACCCCUGAGACAGAGACUCCUGCAGCUGAUACAAGCAAGCAAGUGCUCCCCCUAGUGGAGGAAAGUAUUGUCAUUCCUUUAGAGAAAGAUGAGGAGGAACCCAUCAGCUCUACAAUAACUCUUUUGGAUAAAGAGGAGGACUUUGAAGAAGAAAAAGACCAAAUCAAUGAGCAUGAGCACCUAAAAGAGAUCCAGAACUCUUGUUCUCUACUUCCCUCUUUUUCCUCCUCUUGUUCUUGUGCAGCUUCCCUCCAGGAGUAUCUCCAUCGCCAAUGUUCAGCACUGCUGUCCAAAAAAAGAAAAUGCCAAACUAUAAAUAGAAAACAAAUAAUCCCUCCAAUCCAACCACCUAUUUGGCUCCUGCCCCUGUCCCCCUCUGCCUGCCCUGAACCUCAGCAGCACCACAGUGAGGUGCACCAGCUCCAUGAAAAAGAACAAGCUGCUGAGCAGGAGCCAGAGACCGGAGCCAGCCUGUCACAAGCACCACCUCCUCCAGGGAGCGCAUCCGAGCCUCAGAGAGAAUCCGUGUCCGAACCUCCUCUGCUGGAGCCGAGUCAAACCUCAAACCUCCCCGUGCACAGUGCCACCGACUCAUCCUCAGCCAAACCCACCCCUAUUGUGGAGACGCCACAGCUGUCUUCAGAGGAGCCAUCAAGGGAGCUGCGGCCAGAGAAGAGCCAGGAUGUUUUGGAUGAAGAAAGGCAUGUUGAGCCUUCAGCUUCUCUCACUAACUUCACCUUUGUGCAGCCCAGUGUCAGUGCAUCAGCAGACAAUUCCUUACAGCCAACGGGAGAAGAAAAACCUGAUACUCCUCAGCUGGAGAUUACAGCCCCUAUCCAAAUCCCUGAUAAAAUGGAUCAAUCCAAAGUCCUCAGUCCCACUGAUGCCCCUCAUUCAGAGCAUUUUCCUGAAUCUCCAGCUGUACCUGAAAGCAGCACCAUCUCCACCGAACUGUCCCACCCCACUGCAGACAUUGUAGCAGAACUGGAGCCAUCAACAGAAACUAAAACAGAGGAUUUCAUAGAAGAAAUGUCUGCAUCAUCAAGCAGUAACAGUCAGUUGCCUCGCCCCUCUUCUCCCUCCUCAUCAUCCCUUUCAGACAUCUACGCAGAUCCUCCCAACGGCACAGAGCAGAACGGAAACCAGGUGCAUGGUUCCAGCCAGAAGGAGUCAGUGUUCAUGAGGCUUAACAAUCGUAUAAAGGCCCUGGAGAUGAACAUGUCACUCAGUGGUCGCUACCUGGAGCAGUUGAGCCAGAGGUAUCGAAAGCAGAUGGAAGAGAUGCAGAAGGCUUUCAACAAAACCAUCAUCAAACUCCAGAACACCUCCAGAAUAGCAGAAGAGCAGGACCAGCGUCAGACUGAGUCCAUUCAGAUGCUGCAGGCUCAGCUGGAGAACGUGACUCAGCUGGUUCUCAACCUGUCUGUCAGAGUCAGCCAGCUGCAGAGUGAGGUUUCAGACAAUCAGUACUACCUGCUGUUGUCUCUGGGGUUGUGUGCAUUUCUCGGCCUGCUGCUGUUUGCCAAACGCUGCUGCAUCUCCACUGUUCCUCCUACUGCAGAGCCAGAGCCACCCAUACCUAAGAGCUACACCUACUGCUCUCCUGAGAGGCAGUUCUCCUGCGAUGAGACGGGUUUGAAGAGGAGUGCAUCAUAUCCACUCAUCAACUCUGAGUCAUUCCAACUAGCAAACACUGAAGAUCCUGAAAAUCUGCACCCAGAAGAGACACAGAGUCUUUGUCCAGCCAACAAAAAGAGGAGACGUCGUCGGCUGAAACCCAUAGAGAAAGUGGAGACUCUGAAACCGUCUCUUCAUGCUCCUUCAGAACUAUGUAACGGAGCUGCUUUAUGCAAUGGUCUCCCCAUCACCACAAACCCCCCUCCCCUCACUAAUCGGUUACUUCAGCCCAUGUUCAGAGACUCGCCGUCAGAGGGCAGCUCAGAGGGGUCCUCGCAUUCAGAUGACCCCUCCUUCUGUGGCAUCACCACAGCCUGCCCCAGAAUCUGUGAUGGACUCCCUCCGCCCAAAACCCGGGCAGAGAAACGGGCUUUGAGACGCAGGCGUCCUAAGCCCAGCUGUUCAGUGGUGGACUUCCUUCAGGCACCAAGGAGGGACAUGAGUGAUCCGUUGCCCAUUUCCACCAUAGAGGACCUCAUGAAGACAAAAACAGAGCAAAGCUCAGGACCGUUUGGGGUGAAUGUCGCCCUCUCAGGGCCGGUUUGAUGUUUGACAUCUGCACUCUUCACUGACUGCUUAUCUCUUUAAAAAAGAGCAUGGAUGUUUAUUUGUGUAGCUCCAGGCAGCUUUAAGCUUUGAUAUGACACAAUCUCUCUAAGAGUGUUUUCUUUUCUGUUCAUGGUCCCUCUUCACUUCUGUUUGUUUAUAUUUGUUAUAUUUCAAAUCAACAAAAUGUCUUCCAAGCUUUUCAUUAAAGCUUUCCUCCUUUGUUUUGAA